ACAGUAAGUACUUAACAAUAGUAUUGGUACUAUUGUAGUAAGUAUAAACUAUACUUUUCGUAUCAAUUUCGUAUUAAUUUUUCCUUUUUUACAUCUGCCGCAUACUUAAAUUAACUUUCUACAAAGCGUAUGUUGUAUCUCCGCGGUUGCUCCACUGAGUGUUCUGGAAACCGUGUAGACUGGAAAAUUGGUCUUGCCAGGUGACAUAAUUUACAGCGAAGACCACCGAAGAGCUCAUCCGCCGAAAUGGACGAUCCGGUGCAUACUGCGGCAGACGACGAUGCGGAAGCGAAGGAAUGGCGAAAAUUGAUACAGAAUCAGAAUCGGAAGAACAAGAAGUCUGGUGGUUUUCAGGCCAUGGGUUUGUCAGGUCCGGUUUUUAAAGGAAUUUUGAAGAAAGGAUACAAAAUCCCCACGCCUAUCCAGAGAAAGAGUAUACCGGUUAUUAUGGACGGUAAAGACAUCGUGGCGAUGGCGCGUACAGGAAGCGGUAAAACCGCUGCGUUCCUGAUUCCCUUGUUGGAGAAGUUGAAGGCCCCGGCUCCCGACAGGAAUCCCCGAGCCCUCCUUCUGUCGCCUACCCGGGAACUGGCUCUGCAGACCUUCCGCUUCACUCGCGAUCUGGCGCGCUACACCAAGCUGACGAGCACGAUCAUCUUGGGCGGCGACCGCAUGGAGGACCAAUUCGAGGCCAUUCACCAGAAACCGGAUAUUGUCAUCGCCACACCCGGCCGCCUACUGCACGUCCUGGUGGAAAUGAACAUGAAGCUGAGCAACGUAGAGUACUGUGUGUUCGAUGAAGCGGACCGGCUGUUUGAGAUGGGAUUUGAGGAGCAGCUGAAGGAGAUUGUCAACCGCAUGCCGGCUGCACGGCAGACGCUGAUGUUCUCCGCCACGUUGCCCAAAUCAGUGGUGGAGUUUGCUAAAGCGGGUCUGUCGGAUCCCAGUUUAGUGCGUUUGGAUGUGGACAAUAAACUCAGCGAAGGCUUGAAGCUGUCUUUUUUAUCGUGCCGUGAUGUGGACAAGCCUGCUGUUCUCUGUUGGUUACUACAGAACAUCGUGAAACGGAAUGAAUUGACCGUUGUUUUUGCCGCUACUAAACAUCAUGUGGAAUACUUAAAAGACCUGGUGACAUGUGCAGGAAUUUCCUGUACUUGCCUCUAUAGUGCAUUGGAUCCAGCUGCAAGAAAGAUUAAUCUGGACAAAUUUAAGCAUCGUAAAUGCCAGGUGUUGGUCGUCACGGAUAUUGCAGCGCGCGGUGUGGACAUUCCGGAUUUGGACAAUGUUAUUAAUUACCAUUUUCCACCGAAAGGGAAAUUGUUUGUUCAUCGUGUUGGUCGUGUGGCUAGAGCUGGCCGAACAGGGCAGGCGUAUUCCCUGGUUUCCGGUGACGAGUUUCCUUAUCUGUUGGAUUUGCAUUUGUUUCUGGGGACUUCGUUCAAAGUAGCCGAUACGGAUUGUUUAGCAGAUGAUAGAAAUGUAUUUGGUACCAUGCCACAAAGUGCGAUUGAUGAAGAAGAAGACUUGUUACGUAUCUGGCACGAACAGUCGGGGGAACUGGCUGCCAUGGUUAAAGUGUGCGACAAUGGCUAUAAAAAGUAUUUAUCCACACGGCCCGCCCCAUCCAUGGAAAGUGUUUCCCGGUAUAAAAAGGAAUACCGCGACCUCAAGACUGCCAUACAUCCAGCAUUUCGUGACCAGUCAUCUGCUGCGGAGAACGCACGAAGUAAUUUUUUAGAAGGAAUCAAAGGCUACAAACCGCACACGACGAUUUUCGAAUUGGGUGGCAACCAGAAAUCCGAGGCCUUUGCAGCAAUGAAAGCCAAACGCAAGAUUCACCAAGCUGCCAUUGCUAAGCAUGAAACAUUCAUGGAAAAAGCCAAAGCGCGCUCAGAACAGCUUAAUAUGCGUCGGGAAAAUCCUGUUGUGGAUAAUGAUUUCGAAUUAAGUGCAUUUAGUGAAAUUGUUGCAUCGAAACCUCCAAACAAACCAAAAACCUUUAAAAGAGCUAAAGAAAAGCGAGUGGAGCCGUUUAUCCCUUACACGCCUUCUGAUUUACAUAUGGAGAAGGGGCUCGAAUUGGAGAAGCGAAGCUUCGUGCAGGAAGCGCAGAAUGCCAUGAUCGAUGUGAAUCCCGACGAAACAAACGAUAUGCUAAAACAUAAGCGCCAGCCAAAAUGGGAUCGAAAGCGUAAGAAAUUUGUCGGGGAAGACACUUCCGAUGCGAAAAAGAAGAAAAUUAAAACCGAAAGCGGCGCCUGGAUACCUGCUACGUAUAAAACUGAUUUGUACAGUCAAUGGAAAAAAUCUCAUCAGAUCGACUACCAGGAUGAAAAGAAUGUUUCGGAUGAUGAGGCUGAAGCAGUCAAACCCAGAGAUCUCCAUCACAUUAACAGAGCUCUUGGUAGUGGAAGAAUGAAAUACAUGAAGUCGCAGAUGCAGGGACGGCAAUCGGCUCAGGAUAAACGGAAGUUUAAAGCAGGAAGAAAGUCGCAGUUGGGCUUGCGAUCGAUGGAGCAGAUUGCCAAAACACGAGAAAAACGGAAAUCUGACAUGACGUUUCAGAAGAAGCGCCGAGAAAUUAACGAAACCAAUAAAGCUUCCCAUCAGAAUCGCCACAAGAACAAACGACAGCGGUAGAUUUCGUUGAGUUUGGGACAUACUCGUCUAAUUGCACUUCUGGCAAUGCCUGUAUACUGUAUAGUAUCUGUGAUAACUUUGACCUCGUCUUAUUGGGCUUUGCGGUUUGGCGUCUUAUUGGGCUGUUUAAUUCCGAGCAAUUUUAAUGAAACAUUAGACACGUUAGUGCGGAAACUGAAAGCGAGUAGGAAAAGUGAAGAGAAAGAAAAUGAAA